GCUUAUAAAGCUCACAACCAAUUUUAGGAUUUGAAAAUUGAAAGACUAGUGAUAGCUGUGGUAACUGCAAAGCAGGCUUUCUUUUCAACUAAAUAUUUCUCAAAGCCUUUAAUUAUGGUUAAUUCAGUUGUAAUCUGAAAGCAUUGUUUAGGAAUUAAAUAAAUGGCUACUUUUAUUGAAGAUCCCUCCGUAACAUCUUCACAUUUUAGUUUUCCAAGUAUGCAUCGGAUACAUGACGACGAGUACUCUGAAGACGCCAAGGAAGCAGACUUUAAGGGAUCCAUUCUUCAGAAGGAAAUAUCUGUGAAACCGCGACACCAACUUUCCAUUCCAGACAUAUGCACAGAUGCUGUCAAAAAUAACUGCUUUCAGCCAUCUAGUUUCUUAAAUAACUCGAUAGCCUUUGCCUCACAUGUAGUAAAGUGUAGCUCUCCAGCCUCAAGCCUGGACGAAUCAACAUCUACGGCUCAGCAGGAACCCAAUCCCCACAUGCACAUCCAGGGUCAGCACAUGAUGGGUCCUGUUCCCGAUCUUAGUUUUUACAAUGUUCCCGAAUUUAUUUCGGAGCAGGAGAAGCUUAUGUUCUCGGAUGCCGAGAGGUUUUUAAGAUCAAAGGAUAACGAGGUGUGCAGUAAUGAUUACAGCUAUAUGCACGACGAAUUCGCCAUGCGCAAGUAUUAUCAUCCUUUAUUUGCCCAUGGUAUAUGCCGGUGGCCUGGCUGCGAAAUAGACCUAGAAGAUAUAGCGUCAUUCGUUAAGCAUCUGAACUCUGAACAUGGCUUGGAUGAUCGGUCUACAGCCCAAGCUCGUGUUCAAAUGCAAGUGGUUUCCCAACUAGAGUCCCAUCUUCAAAAGGAAAGGGAUCGCUUGCAGGCCAUGAUGCAUCACCUAUAUCUGUCAAAGCAACUUUUAUCACCCACCAAAAUGGAAAGAAAGGAUGUACCCGGUAGGGAGGGAAAGUUUUGCAGAAGUCCGAUCACAAUAAAUAGCAUAGGUCGACCGAUGCGCCAAACAAGUUCGCCUGGCCCUCUCAAUCUCCCAAUGGUUAACGCAACCAACUUAUGUUCCAUCAAGAAGAGAAAUCAUGACAAAAAUUCAUUUUCCAUAAAUGGUGGAUUGCCCUACAUGCUGGAAAGAGCUGGUCUUGAUGUGCAACAAGAAAUUCAACGGAAUAGAGAAUUUUACAAAAAUGCUGAUGUACGACCGCCCUUUACUUAUGCAUCGCUUAUAAGACAGUCCAUCAUAGAUUCCCCCGACAAGCAGUUAACCCUUAACGAAAUCUACAACUGGUUCCAAAAUACAUUCUGCUAUUUCCGCCGAAAUGCAGCCACGUGGAAGAAUGCAGUUCGGCAUAAUCUGUCCCUUCAUAAGUGCUUUAUGCGUGUUGAGAAUGUGAAAGGAGCUGUUUGGACAGUUGAUGAAAUUGAGUUUUACAAAAGAAGACCGCAACGCACCGCUGGCAUUGGUAACAACUUAGCAGGUGCUACCAAUUCGCCGGACACUAACUAUUUUGUAGCUAUGAACAUUGGGUAUGUGGGUUUUAAAUAGUUCAAUAUAAACUUUGCUCCAACUUCCUUAAAUUUUGCUCUGUUAGUAAAUAUACGAUAUAUGCCACUAAAUGCAUGUUUAUUAAAAAGAUAUAUAAUCUGUGGUUACAUUGAAAUACCAUAAGAAAAUAUAUGAUUUUUUACAGCAGUUUCUUGGGGUUUUAGCAUCAAUUAAAAGGAAAUAUGUUUGUCUGUCCGCUUAGUAGUCAGUCCGCUUAUAGAACAGGUCGAUGAAUUAUAAACUAACAAGUGUAUGUUAAAUUAUCAAAAUGUUGCGGAAAUAACAGUAUCGCUUAUUAAGAGAAAAAGCGUAAUCAAAUUCCUUUAUAAAUGAAAAAUUUUCUUCCUUUCCCGAUAAUGCGUUUUCCUCUUUAUGACUCUUGUUGGUGAUCUUGGUUUAACAAACACAUUUUAUCUAAAACCCCAACUAUAAUACCUAUCGAAGAACGCGAUACGUACGAACCUAUCUUUGCACAAGUGCUUUGUGCGUUACGAGGACGACU